GAAUCUGUUCUUUUUGCUAUCCAUGUUGGAUCAUAUCCAGAUUCCACCCAUGAUUUUGCAUAGAAGUGGCUCAUCAUCCCCAUGCAAGAAAAUUACCUGAACAUUAAACCCAGUCCCAAUGGUGGAAGAAACAUGUUUACAGCUGGAUAAGCCAAAAUGGCUGUAUACUGUACCAUGUAAGUUUGCUCAUUGGCCUUGUUUGUGCUUUAAUUACUUCUUGAAAUAUCAAGUUACCUUCCAACUCAUCAUGAAGAAAACUGGUUUCCAAUCAGAAGUUGGAUAAAGUGUCAUUUGAGAUCCAAAGAAGUAGUUAAGAGUUGGCUGUCAAAGCAGUCUCUGACUCCUGGGACAGUCCAAGAGCUAUCAAGUAUAGGAGCAUCAAUCAAAUAACUGGGUUGAAGGAGACUGCUCUUAAUGUUCAAUGUAUGAUUUUUGGAAACAUGGGGAGUGCUUCUGGAACAGGUGUUAUUUUCAUUAGGAACCCAAGCACUGGGGAAAAUAAGCUCUAUGGAGAGUUUCUUGUCAAUGCUCAGGCUCGUUUAAACAAAGCUGCGGCAGAUGCCGUGAAGCAACUUCUUCCAGACUACGCAGAGAAUGAUCUAGGAAGUCUUUGCUCAUGGGCAGACCAUGUCAAAUUUAGGUAUCACUGGUCAUCUGCCCUUCACUACAUCGAUACUCCUGAUGACCUUUGCAGCUACCAGUAUAACAGAGACUGCAAGGAUGAAAAUGGAGAGAAGGGAAGGUGUGUAAGUGGGGCCAUUAAAAAUUACACCAGUCAGCUUCUCAGCUAUGCCAUUGCAUCUCAAUCUGAAUAUAACCUCACGGAAGCACUUCUCUUCCUCUCCCAUUUUAUGGGGGACAUUCAUCAGCCUCUGCAUGUAGGUUUUGCAUCAGAUCAGGGAGGCAAUACUAUUGACGUCCAUUGGUACAGGAGAAAAACAGUCCUCCAUCAUGUAUGGGAUGAUAACAUAAUUCAGUCAUCAGAAGAAAGGUCUUACAACUCAAAUGUAGAAGAUAUGAUUGAUGCAAUCCAACAAAAUAUCACGGGUGACUGGCAAGACGAAGUACAGGAAUGGGAGAAAUGCAGCUUCAAUAAUGUGACUUGUCCAGAUGUUUAUGCUUCUGAAAGUAUUAAAGCAGCUUGUGAUUGGGCAUAUAAAGGAGUUACUGAAGGUUCAGUGUUACAAGAUGACUAUUUCCUAUCCCGUCUGCCGGUAGUUAAUUUACGGUUGGCACAAGGUGGGGUUCGAUUGGCAGCCACGCUCAAUAGUAUUUUUGGGUCGGAUGACUCAAUACCUGGUUUUGCUAAAGACGUUCAUAAAAUUUAUCAACAAUAUAAUUGAGGAUAUUGACCAGAUCGAACCUUGUUAUCUUAAAUAAAUGUUUAAUAUGUUUGAGUGAUUAUUUAAUUCAAAACUAUUAUUCAAAUGCAGAACAUAUAUUUCAAAAAAGCUCUCUAGCUAG